AUGUCCGAACACGAUCGGGUUCCUACGUGCGAGCCUUUGAACACAUCCGACCACGCCACAGAGCCUCGACCAGGGCUGUCGACAUCAUCACAAACAGAUAUUACUACUUCUGAGAAUGACACUCAUACUCGAGCGCAUUCCGGUACCUCGGCAUCGCUUCCGCAAUCUCCUCCGCACCGACGACAGCCCACUCAACUUCUGGUAUCAUUUCCACGAUCCGAACAUCACCGACCGAGACGCGAAAUUGCCACCGACACUGGCGACUCAGACAGCGAAGCUGAUGACGAAGGGCUGGAAUAUUUGCAGCGGGUAGAAUUGAGCUAUGAGGGCACGCUAUGGGCAUUCGAGAAGAUGAUUGGAAAUGGCUGGAUUAAUGCGAAGCGAUAUGAAAGGGCUCGCGAAGAGGAGGAGAGUAUUCGUCCCGUCGAGCCUCUCCAAGAUUCUCUGCGCUUCGCUCCUGAAUUUCGCCUGGGGGGUGAAUUUACGAGAGCUACACUGCCGUCAACGCGUGCUUCUACGACUCCUCAGAUUUCUCCAAGGUCGAUUCAAGUUCCGGCGGAGAAUCCGAGCCAGGCGGCGCUAAUACUGCAGCCUGAUUUGGGCCCGCUUACUGCUGCGGCAUUGAUGCAGCUGUCUUCGACUCCUCAGAUCUCUUCGAGAUCAACCGAGGCUCCGCCGGAGAACCCGCGACAAGCACUGUCCGUGUGGCCGCCGCCUCCAUCAUGGUUCUUUGAAUGAUCUUACAGGUGUUCAUGGCAGCUGCGACAAGGCGCCGGCUCUCUCGCAGUGAUCGCCAUGCAGGACAUCUCAGCGCGAUGUGAGUUGGCUGAGCACCCAUGAGCUAUUCAUCUAGAAGUCCAGUAAGUAGAAUUCAUAAUUCAGUGCAUCC